AUGCAUUUAUGCACAUCUCUUUUGCUGAGUUUGGCUUUGGCUUUUUGUCCAGUAUCAUCUAUGCCCCCACCAGAUACAGUUGGCAUUAAUGAGGAAUCGAAGGACAUUCCGGACAUAAAUAAAGGUUUAAAUCUCAAAGAAGGAGACAUCGUGAUGCCUAACCGAAGGAAUGCCAUUCUUGGGAAUCAGUACCGGUGGAAUAUUUCCAUCCCCUAUGAGCUGAGUGUGAACCUCAGUGUGGAUUAUAAGGGAGUCAUUUUGAGAGCCUUUGAGCAGUUCAGACUGAAAUCAUGUAUUGAUUUUAAGCCCAGAGCAGCAGAAAACAUUUCUUACAUCUCUGUGGAGAGUCUUGAUGGGUGUUGGUCAUAUAUCGGUCGAGCAUUUGCUGGAGCUCAGACUCUUUCCAUUGGAGACGGCUGUGGGAUAAAAGCCUUUAUUGAGCAUUUGUUUCUCCAUGCACUGGGAUUUUUGCAUGAGCACACAAGAUAUGACAGAGAUGAUUAUGUAACCAUCAACUUUGAAAACAUCAUUCCAGGGUAUGAGAACCAUUUCAAUAAAUACAGUAAGAACCAGACCACCACCGAAGACACCCCAUAUGACUACUACUCUGUGAUGCAUUAUGAUAAAAAUGCGUUCAGCAAUGGUUAUGGAUCCACAAUCAUUACCAAGCAUCCUGAGUUCCAAGAUGUGAUUGGUCAACUCCUGGGCAUGAGUGAAUAUGAUGUGAUUAAACUCAAUAAACUCUACAAAUGCAAUUUGUCCAUCUCUUUCCUUGAUCACUGUAGUUUUGAUGAUGAAUCUCUGUGUCAGAUGAGCGUCUGUUCUGCUGCGGAUUACGGCUGGCAGAGAGUGAAGUCAGUGAGUGGCAUCAAUGUGACUGACCACACAUACUUGGGCAAAGAAAAAAAUGGGACGUCUUUCUUCAUGCACUUCAGCACUAAGGCAAGAAACCAGGGGGAUGGAUCUAGAAUGGAAAGUAAGAAAAUGACCCCUAAAAGAGACUGCAAGGUCCAAUGCCUGCAGUUCUACUACUAUCACAGUGGUCAUGAGUCUGACCAGUUCAACAUCUGGAUCCGAGAGUACCAGAAUGAAGCAGACAGCAGAGGAACUCUCAAACUUAUGGAUCAGAUCAUAGAACCCCCUGGCAAUUACUGGAAGCUGCAUCAUGUGCCACUGAAUGCAAAUAAAACCUUCCAAGUUGUAUUUGAAGCCCGUAAAGGAGCUGGAAACUCCAGUGGAGGAUUUUCACUGGAUGAUAUCAAUAUUUCAGAGACUGAGUGUCCACACACAUGGCAGAUAAGAGACUUUGAGAAGAUUUUGAAAAACAGUGCGUCUGCCACCUUGAUGUUUAGUCCGUUGUAUUACUCCGGUGAUGGUUAUCGCUUUCAGGCUCAUUUAAGUGUGUAUCAGAAUUACCUUUCAAUAUUUGUCCGUCUGGUGUCUGGUGUAUAUGAUGACCAGCUGCAGUGGCCUUGUCCAUGGAGACAAAUAACCUUCCAGACGCUUGACCAGAAUCCACAUAUACAGAAGCGCAUGUCCUCCGAGAAAAGCUUCACAACAGACCCUGCUUUUAUUUAUUCCAAUAUCAGUGUUUGGGACAAUCCUCGAAAAACUGGAACUCAGGUUGUCAUUGGCAAUGAGACCAUAAAUGUGGGUCUUUUUGUGGGCUAUCAAUAUGCCAUAAUGAAAGAGGAUCUCACUACAAGGGAGUUUAUCAAAGGUGGUGACAUCAUAUUUCUCUUUACCCUGCAAGAUAUCUCAGAGCUACUUCAGAAGAACUCUCUACCCUGCCCUAAAGUGACAGUUAAGAACUUCAACAUUUCAUUUGAUGCAGUUGACAAGCAGGGACCAUUUGUUACAAGUGAUUGUCUGGGCAUAUUUUGCUCUUCCAAUACUUCCUCCUUGACCCUAUUGGUGGUUUGCCUCCGUUUGCUGGUAAAUUAUCCCUGA